ACACGCAGUCCUGCCUAUAAAUACCGUUUUCUUUCCCUCGGUCUCAAGCAAUGGCAGCUGUCGAGGGUCAGCUGUUGCAUCUACUUGACCAUGAACAUCCUCCUUCUCCUGGCUUUCCACACUUAUGUAGUCGUCAAUAGUGUCAGCCUGGUGCCAGAGGUAAGCCAGGAGGGUCUGCUGCAGCCGUACUCCACCUAUGCUGAUGUCACACUGUUCCACUUCCACAUUCCUGAUGAGGUGACGAGGGUGACCUGGGAGUUCGCUGCUUUUAUGGACGACCCAGGAUGUCCUAUACGCGAGGUUCACAUACUUGUUCAGCAUGGAAGUUACCCUGUCAUCACUUCCACCAAUUCAACACUGCGAGAUUACAUGUACAUCCACAAAUCUUCAGUGCACAAGGUGCUGACAAGAUCAGCCUACCAGCCCCAUGAUGCAACAGUCCUGGCAGUGUACAGUCCCUUGCCCGGCAGCUGGUUCACUGCCGCCUACAUCCCAGACUGGAAUGAGCAGAUGCAGCAGGAGGGGAUCAUCCACAAGUGCCGUUACAGUCUGGGUUCCAUUGCUAUGUGGAGUCAGAAGGACAAAGUCAAAACCCUCCACAUUGGUGCCAAGCAGUCUAUAUGCACACAUGAGAACCUUUCAUACUACAGAUUUUACAUUCCCUCACACACCUGGUUCAUGCAAGUCAACAUCUCCAACUGCCGCAUGUUGGAGCGAAUCUACGACCACAACUCAGGAGAGCGAAUGUUCCGGUGGUGUGUGCGGUCCCUGUUCCUUGAGGCUCGCUCCCUCCCCAUCUACAACACAGAGUCUGGUGUGACGAACUUAACAGAAGGUGGCGGAUAUGUAUUUACCGAGACCAGGCCAUAUGCUGAUGCUUAUUACUACCUCCUUGUGGAUACAGAGGGAGAGACUGGUCUGGACAUCACCAUACAAACCAGGGAAUGUGGCAAUGCAUUCAGGAAAACAAAGGCUCACAUUCGAGAAGUAAAGUCAUCUCAGUACACUGAGACUUCAUCCCAACAAGAAGUAGAGUUAAUUAGGACCUCUACACCUAUCAACAUCACUGUGUCGGUCAGUAGUAACUCCCCACACCUGCUGCCACAUGUUCCUGAGGAUGCUGACCACCACGGGGAGCCUCAGGACAAAGGACACCAGUGCUUCCCUGUCUUGCCUCUCACUCGCAUCAAACACGCCAGUGACUUCACAGACACUUUCUUGAUACAAGGUCCUGAAUGGUACAGUACCUGGCUGUCAGUACAGAGAAACCUGCCAGUGUUCACGCAUCUCACCCUCCUUCCCUUCACUGAUAUAGGUGGAACACUUAACAUUAACAUUCUUAUGGAUGAACUACUUACAAAUGCCACUCACCAGCUGAUAACGGUGAUGGGAUGUGUGAGGAAGGGUCGGCCACCAGAGCUGAGGAACCACUCCCUGGUGUGUGACGACGACUCCCUCACCCUCAACAUAACCUCUGCCUCCAGAUCCACCAUUGAGGACCUCAUCCUCAUCCCCUUCCCUGAGCCAGACAUCUGGUUCCUGGCACUCCAGCUUGUCUGUUACUACGAUGGGUAUGAGUCGCCAUGCAUCAUUGAGCAAGCAAUGGUGAGUCUGGACGUGCGCACUCAACCUUGUGUGUUUGCCGGUGAGAGUCCUUGUGGUCCCCACGGUCUGUGCCAGGAGACUCACCGCGGCAUGUUCUUCUUCACCAGCUGUAUGUGCACUGAGGGAUGGCAGGGAUGGGGGUGUGAGGAUGGGGAUGCAGCGCGUGGCUGGAGCACUAUGUUGACUGGAGUGUGUCUGUUAACACUCAGCAAUGUGUUCUUCCUGCCACCCACCAUCAUGGCUCUGCGCCGCUGCCUAUACUCACAGGCACUUCUUUUUAGUGCCACUAUGGUUGCCUCAGUGGUCUAUCAUGCCUGUGACAAUGAGGUCAUGUCAUACUGCCUCACCAAGUAUGAGGUACUCCAGUUCACCGACUUCUUCUUCUCCCUGUUGUGCUUUUGGGUGACGGUGGUUGGGCUAGGGGGCAUUGACCAAGUCCUGUGUCCACUGCUACACACUUUAGGGGUGGUGAUCAUCGCUCCGGCCGUCCAGUAUAGUCGCACUGCCCUCGCCUCCUUCACUGUGCCCAUGGCUAUUGCUGCAGCUAUACCUAUCCUUCAUGUUGUGUACCAGCGCUGGAGGAAAGGCUGCUGGCCCUCCCUCCAGGCACACCAGCUGCUGUAUCGAGCCAUUGGUGUGGCUCUGGCACUCACUGGCCUUAUGCUCUUUGGCCUGCUGCAGACAAAGGAGAACUAUAAGUACGUGCACAGCGCCUGGCAUGUGUUCAUCGCACUCUCUCUCGUCUUCCUGCUUCCGUCCCACACCCCGCCCAAGCAGGGCCCCGCCACCCUGAGCCCCAUCACUCGACAACCAAUUUCUCUGCCCGGUGAUGACGCAGAGCUGAUCGACGUUGGAGAAGCGAUGCUAGACUACACCGCAUCAUCGCCCGUCUUCCAUGUUACCUCGGAUGUUGAUUUCUUGUUGACGGAUAGCGAGGAGGAUUAUCAAGGACCAAGUAGUAAUAGUGAGUAGCGUUUGUACGUACGUGCAGCUAUCCAGUCAUCUCUCAUCCCUCAUGUAAGGCAGCCGGCACCAGGCAGCUGGUGUGUGUUCGGGAUGCUGGACGUUCCUUCUCCUUUACGGUGACUUGCAGACUAACUACUAUCUAUAAACACUAAUUUUGAUUGUUACAAACUGGAUAAUUUUUUCCUUUGUCCCAUUUUCUGAAUGAAGGCCAUUUUUUUAAUGGGAAUAUUUUUAUCUGAAAAUAUAAAAGAUUCUUUAAACGUUUAUUAAAUUUUGAGUAUUUGAAGAUAUCACUUUAAUGAAAUUUCAUAAUUGCAUUUAAUGCAUGAUUUUUUCUUUAAAUUAAAAAAUUAAUCUAGAAUUGUUAUGUAUCACAAUUGAGAUGACUUUCACUUGGGAGGUGCUACCCUGAUGUUAGAUGUUGGCCUGACGUAUGGCAUCUCCCUUCCUCUUCCAUUACUGCCCCAUUCCUCGCACCAUCAUUUGCCACGACUGGUUUAUGUGGAAUAUUUACAAGACAAAAUGAUGAAGGAAUGUAUGGUAUCCAGAACACACCUAAAGAUAAAUAAAUGGCUUUACAGUGAAUCUGAAAAGUUCAGUCUCAGUUUGCAGAAUUUUGAACGACUUAAACAUUCAUAUGAGAUUGACUUACUUUUUAAAGGUCCUCUAUUCUCAUUCCAAGUAAAUUGUUCAAAACUUUGUCUAACUUUUCUGUAUUUUUCUGCCUCGUUACAGUGCAGGUGGUGGUAGUCUGUUUGGUAGUGGGUGGCCCAUAUCAUGUUUGUGUAUAUGGUACAAAGUUGUGAAUGGUCAGAGGUGUGAUCUAUACUUGGCAUUCCAAGUGAAAAUAAUUCCUUGUCCGAUUUCAUGUGCUCUGAGAGGCCUUCAACAGUGUUUUCAGAAUUUUUAGAGAAAAUAGUUAUGUACUUGCAGAAAAUUGUGAAGAGAAGAGUGUACUUUUGUAGUCCCUUGUGGUUUUGAUGUGAGACUUAGACCACUAGUUUGUGAGAAUAAGUUGUGAUGGACCCUAGACUUUAGACAUUUUGAUGGUGAUAAAUUUUAAGCUUUGAGAUGGAGUGAAUGUCAGUUGUGAGGAAGAAAGAUAAGCUGAAUUUGUCUGAAAGAAAUUAAUAGUUUAAAAAGUAAGGAGAUGGAACUUAGACAAGAAAUGUUAAGAUGAGAGAUUGUUGGAUAUGACAAAAGGGCCUUUAAGGCUGUAUCACAAUGUAGCACACUGUAAAUGUGCUAAGGGAGCAAAAUAUGCAUUGUGUUGUAUGUUUGGGUAGAGCAGCAUUGCUGAUCAUAUUAACAAGAAAAGGCAUAAUUCAGGAAUUUUAUUCCAAAUUUUGUAUUCAGGGACACAUAAUCUCAGACAAGAAUUGAUAAUUUUUAAGAAAGCGUGAUUGUUUGAUGCCACAUUGCCUGCUGUGUCGUGCUGUCAUAAGCACUUUUGUGUGGCAGACAAUUUAUUUAAUAGAUGCUAUCGGAUUCUAUAUGAUUGAUCUUUUUACCAACAUAUUAUGCCUGUAGAACUUCACCCAGUCAGUGGAGCACAGUCCAGGUACACAGGUUUACCUUCAAAGGUAAAAAGGUACAUCAUGGUACAUUAUAGGAAAAUCUGUCUUUUAAAGCAGGAAUUUCCUCUGAGUGGGAAUCUAUAAGAAUAUUUUAUAGAUAAGGAUGUCAGAAUAUUUGUUGAGAUUAACAUAUGUAUAUGGGUAGCAUUUUGGUGGAUAUUAAGAUAUUCAGAGACUUUUGGUGGAGUAUGAUCUCAUUUUAUAGUCAGGGCUGACUGCUUAGUUGUAGAAUUUUUCUCAACUUGUGUUGAGAAAUGGUGUUGGGUGAAGAGAUGCAUCAAUAACCCAUUAGUGUUGUUCUUUUGUAUUGUCAAAAAAAGAACAUGGAAAACUGCAGUUUGUAAAGAACACUGAAGAUGAAAACCAUUAUCAUGAUAUUGAUUGAGAAUAACUUUGUUUUUGAGGUUUACACAUUUGAUACCAAUCAUCAUGCCUCAUCAGUAUGAUGGAGAAAAUAAGAUUAUUCUAAGACAUCACAGUAAUCAGUAAUUGUAAUGCCUUACUCCCUCUGAAGGGAGAUGAGCUUGGCAGACAAAGCCACAGUCCUGCCUUCCAAUGCACAAAUGCAUUUAGUUCAUGUCACAUAAUGAAAAUCUUGACCAUCUCAUCUUGAUCCCUUCCAUAUAUCCAAACCAUGUGCAAACAUUCCAUUUCAAGCAGUCAUUUUGUAAACUUUAGAGACUAAGGUACCUUCCAUCAAUAUCAAGGUUACUUUGUCUUCUGUACAUUGUGUAGCUUUUGCCUUUCAUAGUAGUCAUCUUCAGCUGCAUAUGUGUAGACUUCAUAUAGGUAGAUUGAUAGAUUUUGAUGUACUUAUAAUAUAUAAGAGUAUAUUUCAAUGGAUUAACAAGUCUCAGCUAUAUAUUGAGGUGCCUUCUCACACCUGGUGCACUAAAGUCUAAUCACUUUACCAUGUCAUGUCAGGUGAUCAGCAUGAGUCACUCCUGUGUAAAGCUUUAAGGAGAAUGUCAUGUCUGACUGUAUAAUUAGGUUGAUAGGAGAUUUGUGUGUGAAUGAAGCAGAAAAAGGUGCAGUGUAUGCUGUUUUUCAAACAUUAAUAUGUACCAGCCAUACAUACCUGCAUAUUGCUGAGAAUUGCUGCAAGAUCUGUCACAGCACUGUACAUUUAUAUGACAAAGUGUUCAAUAGAUUUCACAAAUGAAGGGCAUUGUGUGUGUAGCAGCUGAUACUGACUGCUGCAGUCUCUGUGACAUGUGUGUGUGUGUGUGUGUGUGUGUGUGUGUGUGUGUGUGUGUGUGUGUGUGUCUGUGUGUGACAGAAUCCUCAACAGAACAAUCUGUGAUUGAGAGAAAUCUCACAGUAUUAUAUAUAGACCACCUGUGCGCCUGAUAAGGUACUUAACACUAUGCCUUGGGACAGGAAUCUUGAUACUCUUGUCACGUGAAGCACCUCGUUAGCUGCCAGUUGUCAGCACAAUGUAAUGCAAGCAACUUUCAUAACUCAUUGUCAGCAAGAAAAUUUCCUGUAUUAAAGAUUCUUUUUCUAAUUAUUACUGAGGAAGGUAAAACGAAGCUUUUCAGUACAGAAAACAGUACAGAAAAAUGCGUAUCUUAAUUUAUGAGCUAAAUAGAACAGAGCUCUUUGUACUUUAAGCAACAAUCUGUUUGCAAAUAAGAAAAGAAAUAAUUGUUUUGUCAAAACCAUCAUUUCAAGAACAUCACUUCCAUAAUGCCAGAUGUUACUGAUAUAUACACACAUGAGGAUUGCCAUACUUAUGUCUGCUUUACAAACUAGAUCAGCCUUUCUCUUCACAACACUGAGUAACACUAUGUAGUUAUGAGCAACACUUGAGUAACACUAUGUAGUUAUGAGCAUUGGCAGCAACGAGCUUGCAUUAGAACAGCCUUGAAUGUUGGCAGCUAUGAGGUGCAGCUAAUAUUUGCACUAACAAGCAACUAUCACAGAAAUUUGCUGAGCCAGACAGCUGCUGCUGCUGCUGCUGCAUAUGAAAGCUUUCAUAAAAAAAGAAUAAAUAAAAAAAAUAAAUAAUAAGUUGUCACAACUGAUCUCCUGAAUUAGUUACCUCAUGAGAAAAAUUCCUUAUAUUGUCAGAACACAGAAAAAUGGCCAAGGCAAUAUAAGUACAUUAAACUGUCUCAUAGUGAAGUUUACUCUGGAAUAGUAUGAGUUUUUAUUGUAUUUAGGAAGCUUUUUUUUAAGUGCAACUAAGAAAAACAUUUUUUUUUUUUUCUUGUCUUGUCUUGCUAAGUACUGCUUCACAGACAUACAUAAAGAAAAAAGUCCCUGUUUCUAAGUGUACAUGUUAAUAUGCAGGCCAUUCUUGCCUGGACUGCCUCAAACAACCUUGGCAUUUAUGUACCUUUAUCAGGAGGACUUGUGGUCUGUCACUUUGUAUGACAUCUUUCCUGUUGUGUGUGGUGUGCUGCUACUGCUGCCCUUGUAUUACUGUUGUUUGCACCUCACUUGUUUGGGAAACAAGUGCAUUGAAAUGUUGCUACAGGUGCCAUUUUUCACAAAGGUUCAUGGUCCCUUGUGCCAUUUGAGUGUGGCAGAAGCAUGGAACUCUCUCAGUAUCAACAUAGCAUACUGAAGGUUCUGCUUUGCUUAUUAUUUAAGAAAUAACAUUAUUGAUCUAGUCAUUAGCAUUAUGUCCUGUAGUUUGUCACUUCAUGAUAGUGAAUAACAUCUAUGUUAUAGCAGAGUACUUUUCUAGAAGUUCAAAUCACUGCCAUAGAAAUAUUCUUGUUGCACACAGUAUGAGUUUGGGAAAAGACUCUCUCUCUCUCUCUCUCUCUCUCUCUCUCUCUCUCUCUCUCUCUCUCUCUCUCUCUCUCUCUCUCUCUCUCUCUCUCUCUCUCUCUCUCUCUCUCUCUCGUUUCAGGGCUCUGAAUGUUCCCAACAGAGGAUAUGCUUGUGGAAACUCAUGUGCACAGCUAAUGAAGCACUGCAGUAACAUUGUGUAAUGGAACAAAACCCUUCCAUAAUUCAUAAAUAGACAUGAUUGUGAAAAAAAAAUUGACAAAGACAAUUUUUUAAGGUGUACACGAUUUACAAAAACCCAUUAAAAAGUCCUGUUAUGCCCCCAUGGCAUAGCACUAUUGUAUGUACCUUUGGUGGCUAUUAAUAUAUACUGUUUCACACUGUAAGAAGAUAUUUUUCUCUGUGUCCGUACUCAUAGUGAAUUUAUAUCUGUAUAAAAAAGAACACUGAUUCACGCAGUAUAUACAUAUAUUAAAAAUUAUAUUGAA